AUGUGCUACUACCACGCCUAUCAACACCACUGCGGCCACACGGAGAUGAUCUUUCAGCAAUUCUGCUCGCCGGCCCAAAUGUUGCAGCAGAGGUGCCCCAGGAGCAACCCGGGAAUUAUUCUCACAACGGUCAAGCUGGAAUAUGCAUGCGCAAGCUGUCCGAGUUCGAAGGUAGGCAUUCUACACAUCAAGACUCAACCAAAUCAAGCUGAUAAUGAGCAGAAGUAA